GUGAGGAGGCGCGGGGUGGCUGACGGGAGCUGGCUGGGCUGAGGGCCGCGGGGCCGGCGCCCGCCGCGAGCCAUGGGGCUGCCGGCCGCGUAGGGGCCAUGCCGCCCGGGCCCCGGGCCUGUCCCGCUCCGCGCCGGGAUGGUGAACCUGGCGGCCAUGGUGUGGCGGCGGCUCCUGCGGAAGAGGUGGGUGCUCGCCCUGGUCUUCGGGCUCUCGCUCGUCUACUUCCUCACCAGCACCUUCAAGCAGGAGGAGAGGGCAGUGAGAGAUCGGAAUCUCCUCCAGGUUCACGACCACGAUCAGCCCAUCCCAUGGAAAGUGCAGUUUAACUUGGGCAACAGCAGUCGGCCCAGCAACCAGUGCCGGAACUCCAUUCAAGGGAAGCACCUCAUCACGGAUGAACUUGGUUACGUUUGUGAGAGGAAAGAUUUGCUGGUAAAUGGCUGCUGUAACGUCAACGUCCCUGGCACAAAGCAGUACUGCUGUGAUGGCUGCUUGUCCAAUGGCUGCUGCAGCGCCUAUGAGUACUGUGUCUCCUGCUGCCUGCAGCCCAACAAGCAACUUCUCCUGGAGCGCUUCCUCAACCGGGCAGCUGUGGCAUUCCAGAACCUCUUCAUGGCAGUCGAAGAUCACUUUGAAUUGUGUUUGGCUAAAUGCAGGACCUCGUCCCAGAGCGUGCAGCAUGAGAACACCUAUAGGGAUCCCAUAGCAAAGUACUGCUACGGAGAGAGCCCUCCCGAGCUCUUCCCCGCGUGACGGUGAGGGAGACUCAACCCACUGGGAGGAUGCGCUGCUGAAGAACUUGUAGCCUGAAGCCCUUCUCUGGUCUUCAGGAGAAGACUUGACCUUGACCACUUCUUGUGUUGUGCUCUUUGGCCUCACUCGCCCCCGGGCUUACCAGAUGGACUUGUUCCGUAAAGCAGUUGGAAAUGCCAGCCAGCGGGUUACAUUCAAGAAAGACAAGACUGUGGGCGACCUGGUGAAGGCAUCAGCACUCUGAGCGCCUCUCCUCUGCGGCUGCUCGGGGACCUGUGGGCAUCUGUGUGUGUUCUCCCCGGGCCCUUCACUGUAAAGUUAUUUAUUGGACUUCUUUAGAGCAGUGGGAAAAUUCUCAUGUUUCCUAUAGGAAAAUUCUUUGAUAGUUGAGUAUAUUCAAGGAGAUUGUUCUUGUUGUUUUCUUGUGUUCUUGAGUUUCAAGAAUGAGAUCGACCCUUCACCCAGAUAAAAUGUUUGGUCUCUUAGAACAUGCAUGUUCUCUCGCGGUGGUUUGUUCUUGGUUUUGUUUUAACAGCAUCUUCAAGAGUGGGCCCUGAACACCGUGUCCUGACAUCUAAAAUUGUCUAGAAACUCAGAUGCUGUUCCCUUCUCAUCCUGUGCCAGCUUUCUAGCAGCUGGCACCAUGUGCUCUCAGGUUUUUUCCUAGUGGUAUUUGGAUAUGCUUGUUUACCUAUGUGCAUGCACCGUUUUAACCAGAAAUUCUGCCUUGUUGUCCUGGAGGGUUCUGUUCUUGUUUCCACUGCCCCUGUUGAAAUGACUGGUCUUCUCAGCCGUGGGACAGUGGGAGCCUCAGGAAAGUCAUCUGCUGGGCGGCCUCCUCCUCUUCUGUCAUGGAAACCCCAUCUUAAGGCGAUUCCUCAGUGGAGAUACAUCUUGCAACUGA